CUUUAUUACUUUCAUAGGUAGUAGUCGUAGGUAUUUUUUGUACCUACCAUUGUGUAGUUUGCGCAAUAAUUGGCGUAUUUUAUGUUUUGUUUCUCAUCCCAAAAGAUAUUAUAUAUAUUUUGUCUCAAAUGAAACUUCUAUAAUAAAUGGAAAUUAUGGCAAAAGAUAUUGUAGAUGUAUGUGAUCUAAAUUUAGAUGGCGAUUUUGAAUGGCAGGUCGUAAAUAUAAUGGAAAGUGUAAGGUUGACUCGUAGUGAGGUGGAACACUUGGAGAAAUUAUUUUCUGACUUGGAGCAAACCUUGCGGGAAUAUUGGCCAGGAUGCAUAGUCAUGCCGUUUGGGUCAAUAGUGACAGGUUUAGGCAUAAAAACCAGUGAUGCAGAUUGUUAUGUCUAUCUUCCGGAAUACCUGAAAUCGCCUGGUGAAUGCUAUGUCAUGACAGCCAAACAUGUCCUGAAAAGGAAACCAAGAAUAUUCCAACAAUUAUUUGCUAUAACUGCUGCUAGAGUUCCCAUUUUAAAGUUUUUCCAUGUCCCUACUCAAUGUGAAUGUGAUGUUAAUUUUAAUAGUCUCUCUGGAGUCCGAAACAGCAAAUUAAUUGCAUACUUAAUACACAUGGAUAAGAGAGCAUUGCAAUUUGCAAUAUUAAUAAAAUAUUGGUCAAAAGUACAUAAGUUGACCGGUACGAAUCUUGUACCAAACUAUGCUCUUAUAAUGAUGGCAAUAUUCUAUUUGCAACAAUUUAAUAUACUACCUGCAGUGAGUGUACUCCAACAAGAUAUCGACCCUGAGAUAGUAGAUAACUGGGACACAUCCUACAAUGAGACUUACCGGCAUCGGACAAAUAAUAACCAACAACUAUACAGCCUUCUUGGAGGAUUUUUUGAAUAUUACAGCACUUAUCAAUAUAAGGAUAAUAUAAUUUGUCCUUACACAGGCUAUUCUAUAAAUAGGAAUCUUUUUAAAAGCCUCAAUCUCGUCCCUAUUGAUUUUAAAUUGUACAAAGAUAAUUUGGUGGGACAUAAAUGUAAAAUGUUGCAAAUCAAUUCACCGAUGUGUGUUCAGGAUGCUUUUGAACACAGCAGAAACACCACAAUGGCCGUCCAUCCAAAAUUGUUUCAUAGAUUUCUGUUCCAUCUGAAACACGCAGCAGAUAGAUUUAAGCAAUGUGGUAAAAGUGAUUUUCUUCAAGCUAUAUUAGACCCGAGAAAUGGACCUCAAAUGCCUUUGUAUAUUAACCCCAAACCACAAACUAGGAAUGUUCCCAAUAGACCAAAUAGAGUAACAAAACAAAAGAACAGAAACAAUAUGAGGAACUUUAAUUUACACGCUGCCUACACUGAAACAAACAGAAUGAGGCAAAAUGCUAGGAGACAUAGGUUUUAACUUUACACAUUGAGGUGAUAUUCCAUUCAUCUACUCUUGAUAAUUUUUUUUAGGAUAUAGGUACUAUCAUUGUUAAUAUUAGUUUAAUUUUGGGACGUUUGAAAUAAUAUUUGAUUUAUGUUCAACAUUAAGUACUGUGAUGAUUGUUUACAUCUUAAGACUCAUAUUAUGUAAACAUGAAUAUUAAUUACAUAUAAUGACAUUCGUGCUUUGGCCAAUAUGCAACGCCACAUUUUUAUCAUUUUCUUAGCGAAAAAAAAGGAUGUUAACAAAUAAUCUUCAACUAUUUUAAAAUUACUUUUAUGGCAUAAUUUUAAAGUUAUUUUCACAAAGAAACAAUAGAACUGUGCGGUGUGGUGGUGCUAGUGUUUGGUUAGAUAGGAUAUUUUUACUUUCAAAUGUUAUAGAGUUGUAAUACGUUGUAUAGGAAACUAAUAUUUGAACUAUAUUUUUAACAAUGUUCGACAAUAAAAUAUUGAAGAUGUUUCCAUGUUAGGACUAAAAAAAACUAACUUUAUGUCACGUUUUGACGAGUUCAAUGCCCAUAAACGCAAAUAACAACGCUCGCUUAAUUACAUUUACAUAAUUGACAUAAUGAUCAUCAUAACAUCUUUAUUAUAGAAAUGAAACAAUAUUUGAAUUUUUAAA